UGCUCCAGUCUGUACUGGUGCCCAGCCGCCACAUCAACCUACCCGCUGCCACGUCCGUCAAACCUAUCGCCUGCACAGCAAAGCGGUCUCCUGCAGAAGAGCUCGCCUCCUCUGUGACGAACGCAACGAGGCGACCGCUCGGGCGACACCGUGUGGGAUCGGUCGCUCCACUCCCCGCAGGAUCGCGCAGACCCAACAAAAGCCGGCGGCGCAAGGGCGCAAACGAGAAGGGAAGCGCGGGAACGGGAGAAGGGAAGCGCGCGAACCAGGGCAGUGGAGGCGCGACGCAUGAAUAAGAGGAGAAGGCGGCGUACCCUCGUCCUCAGCCCACCGUCGACAUCAUCGAUUCGAGCUCUCCGUCCAAGGAAAUACCUAAAUGCACCUAUGUGGAGUGGGUUGACCCUGAAUGGCCUGCCACUCUGAAGAUGAGUCUAGCUAGGAUUUGGGGCAUGUAUGAAGAUGAGAACAAGCUAAGGCUCAGGCAGAAUGUAGUUAAUGCUAAAGAAACUUUAAGAUAUUGGGAGAGAAGGAAAAGAUGGAAAAAGAUCUGAGGUUUUUUAAACUAGAUUUUGCUAAGAUGGUGGCUGACAAGGAGCAGAAAAUUGUCCAAUUGGGCAGCACCCAACUUGCUCUUUCUGACCUAAAGCAAGAGCUUGAGAAGAAGAAGAUAUCUGAUAAAUCUACCACUAUCAUUCAUCAGGUGGUGAGGGCUAAGGCAGAGAAAGAGAGGGAUCAGAUGAUGCAAGAGAGGGACAAGUUGAUGCAAGAGAGGGACAAAUUGAAGGAAGAGAUGGACAAAGUGGUGUCACAGAGGGAUGAGUUGAAGAAGGAGAAGAAGAAACUAGAGUACAUGAUUGGUGAUUUAUUCAGGCAUAAGGAGGAGACCAAGAGCAAGAUAAGGAAGGUGAAGGAGAUCUUAGAUGAAUUUGAGUAAUUCAUUGUUGUUGUAAUGCCGCCUUAAGUUGGAGCUAUUAAUUAGUCAUACUUCUUUAUUGAACUUGGUUAAUUUGUAUGACAUAAUUAUCUGAUGCACUGAAUUUGUAUGACUGUUUUUAGUUAACUAAAUUUGUAUCACUAUUCUGAGUUAACUAAAUGUUCCAAAGUGUUAA